UGGGGCAGUGUACCUGAAAGACAAGUUGAUUUCCUUCCUCCGAAAUAAAUAAAAGGCAGGAAUCUGAGAUGGAAAGGAAAACUUUGAGGAGGAAUGGGAAAGGAUCGCAGUUACCUCUGGCAAAAAGCUGAGAAAGGUUGAAGACGCUGUAUUAACUUGAAAUAAUAGCUUGGUUAAAAUAUGAAGUUUCUUUUCUGUGUUUUGAUCCAAUGGCAGCUUUCUAAGGAAUAUGGAAACAUUUGCACAAUAUGGAUCACACAUCAUCCUGUCGUAGUCCUGUCCGGCUUCCAAACGGUGAAAGAAGGCCUGAUCAACCAUUCGGAAGAGCUGCGUGACCGACCACUGACCCACUUCCUCAUAAAGGCCUUUAAUAGAAAGGGUAUUGGCUUCACGAAUGGUCACAGCUGGAAAGAACAGAGACGGUUUGGUAUAGUCACUAUGCGGAAUCUGGGACUAGGAAAGAAAGGGAUGGAGCACCAGAUUGAAGAGGAGGCCCACCGGCUUGUGGAGGCCUUUUCACAGGCCAAAGGGCAGCCACUUGACCCUUCCCUACUCAUCAGCAAUGCCAUUUCCACUUUGAUAAGCGUUGUGAGUUUUGGGUACCGAUUUUCUCAAGAAGAUGAAAUGUUCCAGAAACUGUUGGAAGGCAUUGAUGUUUUGGCAAGAUUUGGCGUCUCCUUCUCUCAUGUUGUGUAUAAUUUCUUCCCGUGGCUCAUGAAAUAUCUCCCAGGGCCUCACAAGAAGGCUUUGUCCUGUAUGGAAAUAGCACUUUCAUUUGCAAAGCAGGAGAUAAAGAAACACAAGGAACGUCAGGACCUGCAAGAACCCCAGGAUUUCAUUGAUUUCUAUCUACUUCAAAUGGAGAAAAGCAAGGGUGACCCCAAUUCUACCUUUAAUGAAGAGAACCUGGCCCAAUGUAUUCUUGACCUCUUUGCUGCAGGAACAGAGACCACUGCCAGUACUCUGAUGUGGGUACUGCUCCUCAUGGUGGCUUACCCAGACGUCCAAGAAAGGGCCUACAAAGAGAUGGAGGAUGUUUUGGGUUCCUCUCACUCAGUCAGCUACCAAGAUCGGAAGAAACUGCCCUACACCAACGCAGUGAUCCAUGAAGUCCAGCGCGCCAAAUACAUCUUGCCAGUCGGAGUCCCCAGACGGUGUUCAAAGGAAUUGAACAUGCUUGGUUUUCACAUUCCAAGGAAAACCCUUGUUGUUACAGAUCUGAAUUCUGUCCUUUGUGAUCCCAAGCAAUGGGAGACCCCCAGCAAAUUCAACCCAAACCACUUUUUGGACAAGGAGGGGAAUUUUAUUGCUAAAGAAGAAUUCUUGCCAUUUGGAGCAGGGGCUCGAGUGUGUCUGGGUGAGCAAAUGGCAAGGAUGGAGCUCUUCCUUUUCUUCACCCAUCUGCUGAGGGCCUUCCGGUUUCAGCUGCCCGAAGGAGUGAAAGAAAUCAGUCACAAACCUGUAGUUGGGUUAUCAAUGCAUCCCUACCCUUUCAAACUCUGUGCCGUUCCCCGCAGUAGUUUAUGAUAAAACAAAAUCUGAGUGCUUUAUGGUUGCUUAUUUAUUAUUGUACAAUUUUAUGUCAUUUCUCUUCCAGUUCUCUGACAGACUACUAUCACUUGAUUGUUGCUUAGCUUCAAUCUGCACUAAGAAGUGAUGGCCCUGUUUCAAUAAUUGAAUAGGACCGGAAGAAUAGAUGAAAGCUGCAGGAACAGAGAUUCCCCCUCAACAUUGGGAGGAACCUUUUGAGAGUCGGGGCUGUUCAACAAUGGAACACACU